GUUUCUCAAAACAAACCACCAUUUCUUCUCCUUUAGCGUGUCCGAUUAAGAAAGAGAGAUGGAUCACGCGAUGUUAAUGGCUCUUAUAAUCGCCGCAGCUUUCCUCGUUGUAUUCAACAAAGUGGACGGAGUCCAAAUCUUGUCUAAAUCAAAGCUAGAAAAGUGUGAGAAGACAAACGAUUCAGGAAACCUCAACUGCUCAACUAAAAUCGUCUUGAAUCUCGCUGUCCCCAGUGGAUCCAGCGGAGGAGAGGCUUCGAUUGUAGCCGAGAUCGUCGAAGUGGAAGAUAAUUCGAGUAGCAACAUGAAAACCGUACGUAUCCCACCGGUUAUCACAGUGAACAAAUCAGCAGCAUAUGCUCUCUAUGACCUAACUUACAUUAGGGAUGUGCCUUAUAAACCUCAAGAGUUUCACGUUACCACUCGAAAGUGUGAGCCAGAUGCUGGACCAGAUAUCGUUGGAAUAUGCGAGAGGCAAAUAUCUUUCUUUACGAUAUAUAUAGUUCUUUGUUGUUUAGCUUUAACGGUAAAUACUUAUCGGAACAGGUUGCGUGAUGACAAAGGUAACGUUCUGGUGCAGACUCAGCCUGUCUGUUGUCCAUGUGGACCACAAACAAGAGUUCCUUCAUCUUGUGGAGACAUAUUUGAGAAGUUGAUAAAAGGGAAAGCAAACACUGCGCAUUGCCUUCGUUUCCCUGGUGACUGGUACCACGUUUUCAGCAUUGGACAACGGUCUCUAGGGUUUAGCGUGCGUAUUGAGUUGAAGACAGGAACUAGAGUUUCAGAAGUGAUCAUUGGUCCUGAAAAUAGAACAGCUACUGCAAAUGAUAACUUCCUCAAGGUUAAUCUCAUAGGAGACUUUGCUGGUUACACAAAUAUUCCUUCUUUUGAGAACUUCUAUCUUGUAAUCCCAAGAGAGGUGGCGGCAGAGGGACAGCCAGGGAACUUAGGUGGAAACUACUCAAUGUGGAUGCUGCUUGAGAGAGUGAGAUUUACAUUGGAUGGCAUAGAGUGUGACAAGAUCGGUGUUGGCUAUGAAGCUUAUAACAACCAACCAAACUUCUGUUAUGCACCAUAUUGGAGUUGCUUGCAUAAUCAACUAUGGAACUUCCACGAGGCAGAUGUGAACCGGAUAAGCCGCCACCAAUUUCCUUUGUAUGGACUGGAAGGAAGAUUUGAGAGGAUCAAUCAACAUCCAAACGCAGGGCCUCAGUCGUUCUCGAUAGGAGUCACGGAAACGCUCAACACAAAUCUAAUGAUCGAGCUAAGAGCUGAUGAUAUUGAAUAUGUUUUCCAAAAGAGCCCUGGUAAGAUCAUAAAUAUCGCAAUACCGACUUUCGAGGCACUAAAACAAUUUGGAGUUGCUGCAGUCACAACCAAGAACACCGGUGAAGUAGAAGCAUCUUAUAGCUUAACGUUUGAUUGCUCCAAAGGUGUGGCUUUCGUUGAGGAGCAAUUCUUCAUUAUAAAACCAAAUGAUGUUACAACUCGAUCUUUUAAGCUGUACCCUACCAAAGAUCAGGCUGCAAAAUACAUAUGCACAGCUAUACUAAAGGAUUCUCAAUUCAACGAAGUAGACAGAGCCGAGUGUCAAUUCAGCACGACAGCUACCGUACUUGACAAUGGAACUCAGGUUACUAAUCCGUUUCAAAUUCCAGAGACUCUCCCUAAAGGUUUCUUUGAAUCGAUUAGGCUAAUAUGGACCAAACUAGUGAAUGGUUUAGUCGAUUUCAUCACCGGAGAAUCUUGCAGAAACAAAUGCUCGAGUUUCUUCGACUUCAGCUGCCACAUUCAAUACGUUUGCUUGAGCUGGAUGGUUAUGUUCGGCCUCCUCCUCACUCUCUUCCCUACCACUUGUGUCCUUCUCUGGCUCUUGCACCAAAAGGGACUCUUUGAUCCUUUAUACGACUGGUACGAAGAUCAUUUUGAUUCAGAUCAUCAUCAUAGGUUAUUAUUACAACAAACCAGAGAAAACGCCUUAAACCACCGCCAUCAUCAUCGUCGUCCUCAUCAUCACCAUCAUCGCCAUGGUGUCAAAACGCAUAAUCACCACCAUCGUCGUAGAGUAAACCACAGACACAAACACCAUAAUCAUGGGCAUGAUGAUGACGACGAUGUUUUGCAGAAGAUUUUUGAACGUGACCACAAUGACUCUCACUAUUACCAAAAUCUUCGCCGAGUCCACAAAGAUGGCAAGCAGAAGCAGCGUAGGCGAGGAGAGAAGCACGGGAUCGUCGUGCGAUCUGAUGUGGACGUGGACAGACGGAUGAAAGUGAGGCAAAGGGAGGAGAGUUAAAACGCAGGAAAAUAUCGUCUAUCCUCUAAACAUUAUGGCUUUGAUUCAUGACAUGUGGUAUUAUUGAUUUAGUUUGAAUUAAGUAUAAUUUACUGAUAAUUUGAAAAUGCUACCAAACAUGCAUUAAGUUUGUUUUGUUUGAUUUUAGGUUUGACUUAUCAUGUAUUAUAGUUGUGCUACAAUAUUGAGUUAAAUCUUUUAUAAAAUUAACUCAAAAUUUAAUGCAAGCAAAACUCCAUGUUUUGGAAGUUGAGUUAAAGUUUUAAUUGAGUUUUCUUUCUGAUAUCACUUUCAAGGCUUAACGGCUUAAGGGUUGUUUUCUUUUUUUCCUUCUUUUUUUUUACUUGUGAAAAUAAAUAAGCUUAAAGUCUGUUUUCAUUUACUUUAUCAUUGAUAAUAAUAGAGUAAAUUUAAUUAUUAGUGAUUAUGAUUCUUUAGAAAAUAAUGUAUUACAAACUGAAAUUUUUUAUUAUUAUAAAAUAUAAAUUAUUUUGUUAUUGUUUUUUUAAAUAGUUUAUAUAUUUAUAUAUUUUUAGUUAUUUUAUUUAAAAAUCAUACUACAACUUAUACAUCAAAAAGUAACCAAUCAUAAAUUUUAAUAAAAUGAUAAUUUUUAUUUUUACGGCAAAUGUUCUCCAUAAAUUUAUAGUUUCUACCACAUCUUUUUUAAUACAAGUUAUAUCGAAUUACAAAACAUACUACAAAUCAAACUUAAUUUGAAUGGUUCUAAAUUUUUUAAUAUUUGAUUAGUUAAUCAAGGGCUAGAAAGAAAAAAUAAUCCUAGAACAAUUUGAAAUAUGUUAUCAAACAAAUUUUAAUUAUAAACAAUUUAACCUAAAUUAAAUAUAAAAAAACUAAGCUAUCGUAAAUAAAAUCUCAAAAUAUACAUAUAAAUGCCGACAUAUUUCAUAAAAUUUUAAAAAUUAUUUGAAAUAAAACCUUACUAAUAAUUAAGGCGAUAAAUCAUAGAUUACAUCUAAGUAAUUAUAUAAAUAAUACUACAUAUUAAUUUUGUCUACUAUAUAUAUUCUAAAUCAGUGUCAAUGGAAUCUCUCACAAUUGAAUAUUUAUUUAUUUUUAAUUAUGUUGAUAAUAUGACAGAUUUAUUUCUUUACCAUAAUGAUUGAAAUUUUUUGCCACAACAUUUUAUUUUGUUUGGUUGAAAAAAAAAUCUACAGAUGAAUGUUUUUACUGUUUUUACUUUUAGUGAAUGUAAAAUUUUGUUCAGAAAAAUCCAGUUCUACUGAAUAAAAUAUAUUAUAAUUUUAAUAUAUCUAUAAAUACAAAUUAUAUUAUAGAAACAAGGGUAAAUAUAGCUCUAUUAAAAAUCAAGUUAAUAAUGAAAGUUUUACUGUAAUUCAAAACUAGAUAAUGGUCCGCACCUUGUGUGGAAUAAUAUAAACCCAACCAAUUUUAAAUUUAUUAUUAAUUUUUUAUUUCAAUAUUAAUUAUUAAAUUAUAUAAAUUUUAACUUAAUAUUAUAAAUCAUCUAAUUUUAAUAUCCAACAAUAGAUGUAUUAAUUCCAUCUUUUUAUUAAGGUGUGUAUUUUUUAGAUUAAAUUCUUAUAUGUAGUAAUAACCAAACUAUCUUUAAAUAACUUAGAUUUAAAAUCAAACAUUUCUUAUAUUUGUACAUUAUUCAUUUGAAAUGUUUGCGUAAAGAUUUUAAAUAUUUGGAAACAAAAAAUUUAUACGGUGAAUUGAAGUAUUUUUAUUUUUUUGAAGGGAUGUUAUUCAGUCAAAACUAUUUUUACAGAAUAAGUCAUAUUAUAAAAUUCUAUACAUACAGAUUAUAUUAUAUAAAUAAUUAUAGUAAACAUCUUAAAUAUAUAUCUAUUUAUAACUAUAAAAUUUUAUGACGAAAAUAUAUAUUUUAUAUUAUAUUUAUUUUUCUAGUUAACAUAAACCUAAUAAUAUGUCUUAUAAUCGCCUAAUGUAUAUAUCUUUUAAAUGUGUGUCAAUUGGACGCACCACAAUUUACUAUAAAUUUUAAAUUAUUUAUUUAUUUUGAAUGUAAAUGUUGAUAUUAUGACUAAUUUAUCCAUUUCCAUAAUGAUUAAGAUGUUUCUCCCAAACUUUUAAAUAUUUGGAAAUAAAAAGUUCAAUGUUGAAUGAAGUAUUUUCAUUUUUGAAUUAGUUUAACAUUUUUCAAUAAAAGUGAUUUUUAUAGUAAAUUUUGAUUGGUAAUAAAUGAUGAAAACAAAACAUUUUAUGCUCAUUUCUCCCUCCACUGGCUCAUUAUCUAGCCAAUGUUCUAAGGAAAUGGCUCAUUUUAUUCUCCAUC